GAGAGAGGGAAGGGAAAGGAAGGAAGAGGCCGCCUCGGGCUUUCUCGCGGGAAAAGGAAAUUACAGCCACAGCUGAGGGCUUUUUCUGUUUAUGUGGCAGCCAGCUAAGCCCUGGGGAGUCAGGUAGGCUGCUGUGAGCUGGCCUCAAACAGCCCCAUGUGGAGAGACCUUCGGAAGGAGUAAAUACAUUUAAUACCGCCUAAAAAUACCUUUCCUCACUCUGCAUUUGGUAUCCUCUUGAAUUUUGCAGUUACAAGCACCUCAGGAACCUUUACUUACCGAAAUGAAACACAAUCUGGUGUGUCAGACACCUCCCACUGUCACUGUUCAUGUAAAAUCGAGUGCAUCCAGAUCACAUCAGCAAAAAAAACUUUAUAGACUAAAGAGACCUGCUUUUAAAGACCAUCAAGAAAAUUGUGAAAAAGGGGUCCCUAGUCAGAAAUAUAAAUGUCCAAAGGGACCAUGUCUAGUUAUUCAGCGUCAGGAAAUGACAGCUUUCUUUAAAUUAUUUGAUGAUGAUCUAAUCCAAGACUUCCUUUGGAUGGACUGCUGCUGUAAAAUUGCAGACAAGUAUCUCUUGGCAAUGACUUUUGUUUAUUUCAAGAGGGCUAACUUCACAACAAGUGAGCAUACCAGAAUUAACUUCUUCGUUGCUCUGUAUCUGGCAAACACAGUUGAAGAAGACCACGAAGAAGCAAAGUAUGACAUUUUCCCAUGGGCUUUGGGAAAAGCCUGGAGAAAGCUCUUCCCUGAUUUCUUAAGGUUGAGAGAUCAACUAUGGAGUAGAAUUGACUACAGGGCUAUUGUGAGCAGACGCUGCUGUGAAGAGGUGAUGGCUAUUGCUCCAACACAUUACAUAUGGCAGCGAGAACGUUCUAUGCACCACAGUGGAGCCAUGAGGAGUCACUAUGAUGAAGUACAGCUGCCCCGAGGACCCAGCGCUACGCCUACAGACUGCCUGCUGUGCGGCAAGAAAGGAAGGUUUGUGCGACUGGGAUUAUCAUCUUCCUCCUCAUCUACCGACACUUUGGAGAUGAUGGAAUUACAUUCGUCCCAGAAUUCAAAGGACACCCUUCCGACUGAAAAAAUGCUUGUUGACUCUCCUGCUUAUGCCCAAGACUGUCAGAGACUGUCCAGCAAAAGGCAACCAUGUAGCACCUUGAACCAAGAUAAAUCCAUGGAUUGGUUUAUAAGCAAUGAAGAAUGAAACACACCCGAUGAGACAGAAACAGAUGCUGUGAUUUGCAGAACAAUCUGUGCUGCAUCACAGAUGCACCAGACCUGAUGAUUCCCUUAAAACUUUUCCCUUUAAAUAGUAGGUGGGGUUUCAAACUUCACAGAAGUAGAAAUCAAAGCAGUCAUUACUUAAAAGUUACACAACUUGCAAAAUGUAGCAGCUACUUCACAAUGUUUUAUUUUAUUCUGAUACAAUAUUCAAAUUAGCAGCUAACGCAGCAGCAGCAUCAAGAAAGCAGUGGCCGAAACUUUCUCAGCUUGGUAAGGAAUGCUAAUCAAAAAACAAAAGAAGUUACACUUCAGUAUUUCAGUAUGCAGUGAUUAUUUUAUUAUUAUAAGUUUUAUGAUUUCAUGACAUAGUAACAUGCCAAAUGCUAGUGCAAAAAAAAAAAAAAAAAGUAGUACUUUCUGGAAAUAAAAUAUCACUACACAUUUAAGAUAAAAAACACUUUCCAAGUGUCUCACCUGAAUGACCUUCCUGCCAGUAAGACGGUCUAGCAAUGUAAGGCACUGAGCGAUACGUUUCAGCAUCAUCAGAAAGUGAUCCUGUGAGAAGUACAUUUAGUUUGUUACUUCUUUCCCACAAGUUUAAGGCAUACAUGCAGACUAGAGUUGCCAGUGUGCACAGAUUAUUUUACCUGACAAGUGUUUGUUUUUUUUUUUUUUUGCUUCUGUUAUGGUGCUUUGUUGUCACCUAUGACUCUUUGCUCUAGUAUGGAUUUUGCAAAUCUAUACUGUAUAUAUAUCUAUUGUAUAUGUGUACAUAUAUAUGUGUAUGUGUGAGGCAUCCUUUUUGGACAGCGUGAUUUUUAAAGCAGAGCACAAUGGCACUGUUUCUUCUAUGGAAUUCUUAAGUCCAUCAGGGUCCUCUAAAGCAGCCUUAGGACAAAUAAAAAAGAACUGAAUUUUACUGAAAAACAAAAAUUUGAAAACGGUAGUAGAAGAGCAGUCAUUCUUUAUUGCAAUUUAUUUUCUAUUUAGUCUAGAUUAUUAAUAAGAUAUUUAAAACUAAACAAUUACUAUUAUAGUCUUUUGCAAAUUUGACAAGGUCUAGGCUGUCCAAAACCUUGUCUAUUCUCAGCUGAUCUAAGAAAAAAUACUGCCUCUUCCUACACUGGAUUACCAAAGUGCAGUAAGAGAGUGUCUCCUCAGCAGUAAUGUUCUUACCAUUGUAUUCGCUUUCUUUAAGAACUGCUUGAUCCUCAAUGUGGAUUUCUUCAUAUUCCUUUUGAGGUGGUUCUUCAAUAUUUUCUUGAGUUUCCGCCAUUUGGCUUGAUUUGCAAUCCUUGAUUUUAGCAGGGAGUACUAACCAGUUUCUGUGAGUUACCUCAACAAUCCUUUCACACAGAAAAGGAAGCUUGCAGGUCCGUAUUCUGUCUAAAAGGUCAAUAACCUGUGUGAUGCUUUCGAAGAAAUGCAAAGGAUAAAGUAGUGUUUCAAAAACUCAAAUCACACAAUCUCAAUUCUAAUGUGACUUUGUCACAUUCUUUACCUUUGAGGUUAUAAGAGUCCUUCAAUUUUAGGGUAAAGGAGUAGCAACCUGACUACUGAAUUUGAGAACAGUACAGUUACUUUGAAGAUGUCAUAAAGUGCAGACUUCCACUGAUCGGAAUGAGAACAUUCCCAAAGGAGAGGCCAAAGGAUUUGGGCAAGUGUAAUUUAAACCGAGUGCAACUCCCUGAAGAAGUUACAUGUGAGAAAAAAACCCAAACUUUGCUAAACAUUUCAUUAAUGCUGGAUGUGAAUUUUAAAAGAAGUUUGGUUUUGUAACAAUGCCAGCUGUAAGUGGCAGAAGUAAAUACUUACUUCGCUAAAUACACAGCGCACACACCACCCUGUUUCAGGCUUGGGUGUACAACAGGCAGAGCAGACUGAGGGUUAAGCAUAUCCAGAACUAUCUGCAAGAGAAAGAUACAUUAACAUUUACUGGGUAAACAGGUAUAUCUACCAAUGUAACACAGCAACACUUGGAAAAAAUGUUUAUGGAAAAUAGAUGCAUACAACAGCAGUAUGUAAUCAUGCCUCUCAAAAGCUGAGGUCCUCACUUCUACAAAACCAAGUCCUUGCUACUUCCAAGUGAAUUUCUACUAAAACAAGUAGCGUUUCACCAACCAAGCAGGCCUGUAGGAAGUUAAACCUCCUGCUAACUACAUUCCAUAAUGCUGACAUUUAUAAAAACUUUUAGAAGACUAUAUUUACUAAUACAUAUGAAUACUUAUUUCUCAAAUGUAAAAAAAAAAAAAAAAAAAAAGACCGUUCAGGUGCAUCUUUAUAAUGAAAAGAGCACCCUAUGGUAUCAACAUCUAACUUGCUUGUUGUUUCAAGAUUUAGAACUUGUCUGUGGCAAUUUAUCCAUCUUCUACUAGAAAGUUAUGCAAACUAUAAGACAAUGGGAUAUGCAGUAUUUAAUAUUUCUUGUUGAUUGUAAAGUUUUUUAAAAUGGUAUUUUUGUUAUAUAUAUAUUGCUUAAACCAUUUAAAAAAAUUGUCAGUUGUUUAAAGCAUCUUGUAAGUAAGGAGUUGUAAGCAGUUUUUCUGCUUUACAGGGAAGAGUAGUUAACAUAAAGCUGUGUUCCCCAGCAUGUCUCCCUUUAGAAAAUCUGGAUACAAGAAGCAGGACAGGAGAGCAACCAACAGCAUUCUUUAACUUAUGCUUGAGUUACAUUGUCCAUUCUAUAAAGCUGAUAGCAAAGUGAUUAUAUAUUUAUAUUUUUAAUAAGGUUAUGUAUUCUUCUGAAAUUUAAUGCCUGAAAUAUGUAUCUCAGUUAUAAAAAUAUCAGUUUCUGACAAAUACGAGGAAGUAAGUUGGUCUUUGCUUACAAGACAGCAGUAAUUAAUUGUUAUACUUCUACAGUACAGCUUUAUCACUCUUUCAUUUGGGAAACCGUAACUGAAACCUUGAAAAUACUUGUAAAUCCAACAAAAACCCCCAGCGUUUCUUUCACUGAUGAAGACGUGAUUGUUUUUUCUCAUGUUAAACUAGAUAUGGGAACCCUGUUCUAAGUGUGAGCACUAGAGGUUUUAAUUUAUGUAGAAAAGAUACACGUCAAAUGGACUUUUUGGACUCACUGCGUCAAGUGUUACAGAUUUCAUAUCUGCAGCAGCUGUUGAAAUGUCUCUAAGAACGAAAUCCACGUUAUCCGGCCACUCGUCCAUGUGUCCUAUUUCCCAUGCAGUUCGCCAGUGCCUGUAGUUCUUCUUAGCUAAAUUAUGAUGAUCAUCUCUGAUUUCAUAACUUAUAACACGUCCUUUGGGCCCAACUGAAAACAAACAAAAGACACUACACUUAAAAGAAAGCGCAGCCUACAACAUGAGGACACGUUUAUAUCUCAACCUCACUUUGGGAAAUAAUCCCAUAGGAGGCAAUCAAUUACCAUCUAUUUUAUUCUUUACAUUUAAAACAAACAUAUGCAGAAAAAGUCCCAUGUUAGUUCUUUUACAGACACAAAUCCAUCAAUCCACAGAUGAAAUAAAGCAGUUGCAGUAGUACAGACUGUUCCCAGCAUGUCCUCCUGAAGUCACUCCUGCAGCAAAAGACGACUUGAGCAUCUGUGGCCCUAUCAGCCUGUGAUUCUCCUGCCAGAGCUACAAGAGGCACCAGCUGAGAACGCUGCAACAGUGGUCACAGCUCACAGAUGCUAUAAAGCUGACAGACAGUGACUGCUUCUGUUGUUAUUAAGAUUUGAAACCGAUAGUUUUAAAGUUUUUUGACAAUCCUCGUUCUGUGCAUAGUUUGUUCUUCAUCUGUUUUUCCUCAGGGUUGGGGAAAGGCUAAGAAAACUGCCAGACCUGCUCACUGAUCUCAGCCCCACAGACAAGUUUUCAAGUGUACUCUUUGAUUUACAUAGGCUCGUGUAAUUUUCCUGUUAUUGUUUGCAACAGCAAUAAAUUAUUUUAUUAAGUCUAAA